AUGCCCAGCGGUUUAGAGUAUGCGGUGAAUCUCCGUCAACGACAUUGUGAUUGUGGUGAGUUUCAGACAUAUCGAAUUCCUUGUCGCCAUGUCUUUGCGUGUUGUGUGAACCAACGACUUGAUUGGCAACAAUAUGUUCAUGACGUAUAUAGGAUGGAGGAGAUUAAAAAGGUGUAUAGAGCAAGGUUUAAGCCAUUAGGGAACCCAGCAACAUGGCCUGUGUAUCAAGGACCAAGGCACAUGCCUAAUCCGCACUUAAAACGAGUAUCCAAAGGACGUCCCAAAAUAACUCGCUUCUUGAAUGAAAUGGAUAUGCGUGAUAUGCGUGGUCCUAGGCGUUGCAGGCUUUGUGGAGGCCAGGGUCACAGUCGAAGUAGAUGCCCUCAUCGUGCAGGGUCAAGUGCUAGUGGUGGUGCUCAUAAUUCUUAG